AGUCACGCCUAGACUCGUUCGAAAAGCGAAACCGAAUCAUUCCACGGCGAUGUACGAAGACUGAUGCUCUUGUCGUGGACUCCUUGUGUAAACGGGAUAUUUUACUCAUAGAAACGGGCUGUAGUACUCGGCAGAAGUAUUUUUAUAAGUAUAAUGUUGUGAUUUAGGCCGUCGUUUGUGGUGUAUAGUGUUUUAGUUACAAAUAAGUGAGAUUUAUGCAAAAGAAAUAAUACUGUGUGAAGUGGUGCAAUAGUGUUACUCCGCUGUUGGAUCCUGGAUUUCAAAGGAUUGUUACAUUUUAACACAAGAGAUUUACUGAUAAGGUCUCACAAGCUGCGAAAAUCGCAGCCGCAUUAUGAGAGUUCGCCUUACUUGCUUAUGAUCUACAAGUAGUUGAAACAUUUGCCACAAGUCCGAGAUACACUCAAUAUGGCCAUUCUAUGCGAGGAGCGGACGGGCACGAGUGGCGCGGCGAGCGGACGGUGGCGCGAGCGGUAGGGUGCCGGCCACAUGCCCUCGCGCCAUGUGGCGCGUGCUGCUGGCCCUGGGGGCUGCGUGCGCCGCCGCGCGCGCCUCGCAGGACGUGGUGCGCACCUUCACCGACCCCGUGUCGGCACCGACCUCCCAGUUCGACCACCUAGUCGUCGAUCGCAACACUGGCCGAGUCUACGUCGGCGCCGUCAACAGAAUCUAUCAACUCUCCCCCGACCUGGAAGUCGCUCAGUCUAUCGUCACUGGACCCGUGAACGACUCCGCCUUCUGCACCUUCGACUGCCCCGCGAACUUCGUGAAGAAACCGACGGACAAUGUGAACAAGGCCCUCGUUAUAGACUACGCGACGAGCCGUCUUAUCACUUGCGGCUCAGUGUUACAGGGACUGUGCUCCGUGCGGAAUUUGAAUAAUAUCUCUCAUGAAGUGCGUGAAGUUCGAGAACCGGUCGUAGCAAACAAUGCUACCGCAUCUACGGUGGCGUUUAUUGCGCCGGGGCCACCCAAUCCGCCUAUGACGCAGGUCAUGUACGUGGGAGUCACCUUCACAGGCAAUUCUCCCUAUCGUUCUGAAGUUCCUACAGUGAGCAGUCGUUCCCUCGAAGAUGACCGACUCUUCAUGAUAGCACGUACAGCGGUCACCACCGGUACACGAAUGUUCGUCAAUUCCUUGUCUCGAGAACGAUAUCCUAUUAACUAUGUCUAUGGAUUUAGUUCCGAGGGAUUCAGCUACUUUUUGACGACUCAGCUACGAGGUGUUGGCUCGGAUACGUAUUACAGCAAAUUAGUUCGAGUAUGUCAUGAUGACGAAAAUUAUUACUCGUACACAGAAAUUCCGAUGUCUUGUACGGGUGAAGGAGGAGGCAACUUUGGUUAUAAUUUAGUACAGGCAGCUUUUGUCGGUAAAGCCGGAUCAGUAUUAGCGGGAGAGCUGGGAAUAACUGCUCAACAUGAUGUGCUUUUCGCCGCAUUCAGUCAGAGUGAAUCUAUAAACACCAACACUCCUUCAGAUUUGUCCGCCCUCUGUGUGUAUUCGUUGAAAGCUAUUAGACGCAAAUUCAUGCAGAACAUCAAGACUUGCUUUAGUGGAAAUGGUUCACGAGGUUUGGAUUUUAUUUCACCAUCUCACGCGUGCAUUGGAACUAAAUUGCAGUCGAUCAGCGAAGACUUCUGUGGCUUAGACGUUAAUACUCCUCUGGGAGGUGAACAACCUGUAGAAGCCGUGCCGGUCGCAGUAUUCAAAAAGAGACUUACGGCAGUAGCGGCGACAGCCACAGGGGAUUACACUGUUGUGUUCGCGGGAACAGCACAGGGACAUCUGAAGAAAAUUGUUGUUGAAAGCGCAACCUCAGCAUUCGAAUAUGGAGAUAUCGUGGUCGACGAAGGCUCACCGGUGAACAAGGACUUAUUCUUUGAUACUCAACUGAUGCAUUUAUACGUAAUGACAGAACGAAAAGUGUCCAAAGUGAAAGUUCAGGAGUGUAGCGUUUACAAAUCGUGUUUAACAUGUCUCGGCGCCAAAGACCCUUACUGUGGAUGGUGCUCCCUUGAAAAUAAGUGUAGUCUGCGAUCGGACUGUCAGGAUGCGGCUAAAGAUCCUCUGUAUUGGAUCUCGUAUCGCAGCGGUCGUUGCACUACGAUUACUCAAGUGACGCCGAAUCAAUUGCAACGAACGACGGCUCGAACGUUAGACUUGUUAAUUGAGAACUUGCCCACGCUUAAUGGACAAUUCUUGUGUGCAUUUACAGCUUUAGACCGUACCUUAAUUACCAAUGCUACUAGGAAACCUUACGGUGUUAAUUGUACUACUCCGCGCACCGACACGCUCCCACCGAUUCCCGCCGGUCAACAUCAUUUCACGGCAAAGUUGUCGGUGCGUACUACUCAAGGGCCUGAUUUUGUAGCGACAAAUUUCACAUUUUUCGAUUGCAACACGUACAGCUCAUGCACUCAGUGCGUUAGUUCUUCAUUCCCUUGCGAUUGGUGUGUCGAUGGACAUCGUUGUACUCACGAUACUGCCGAGAAUUGCCGUAAUGAUAUUUUAGUUACCGGUGUAAGUAGAAUCGGUCCCAGUUAUCGUUCAGGUCCUGGUUUCUGCCCCACUAUCAACUCUACGUCCGACGGAACAAACGAAAUUUUAGUACCAUCCGGUGUAAAGAAAGCCAUAAAAGUUAAAGUCCAUAUAAUCGGUCAGUUUAUAGUUCAAACCAGAUUCGUAUGUCAAUUCAAUAUUGAGGGUCGUGUAACUCAUGUAAAUGCUCAACUACUCGCGGAUACUAUUUAUUGCGAAGCGGUAGAAUUUACGUACACGUCGCGCGCUCCCAACAUCACAGCGUCGUUCGCUGUUAUUUGGGGUGGCUCUAAGCCCUUGGAUAAUCCCGAUAAUACCCACAUUCUCAUUUAUCGUUGUAAUGACAUGGCUGAUAAUUGCGGAAUGUGUCUCGCGCUUCCAGAGAAAUUUGGGUGUGGCUGGUGUCAAGGCUCUGAUCGGUGUGAAGUUCAGGAGCAAUGUGGGGCGCCUAGUGUGUGGCUCAACCGCACUCAGACAUGCCCUAAUCCUGAAAUUCACUCGUUUAGGCCUCAGUUAGGUCCGUGGGAUGGCGGUACUAACAUUACCAUUGAAGGUAUUAAUUUAGGUCGUAAUAUAUCCGAUAUUUAUAAUGGCGUCACCAUAGCAGGUAUUAAAUGUCAACCCAUUAUAGAGUUAUAUGUUAAAACCAGGCGUAUUGUUUGUACUGUAGACGGUCCGGGUGAGGAAGUGCCACGAGAUGGUCCUGUAGUCGUCCGGGUUGCGGACUAUCGCGGCGAAUCGAAACAUCAUUACGCAUUCGUAAACCCAAAAAUAAAUUCUAUUCAACCCAAAUACGGUCCACAAUCUGGUGGAACCAAGCUCCGGAUCACAGGUGAAUAUCUCAACGCUGGCAGCAAUAUUCAAGCAUUCAUUGAUGAUUUGCCCUGUGCUAUUUUAUCUGUAUCUCACGAAGAGGCUGUUUGUAGAACUAGUCAUUCGUAUCAAUUGAAAAUGGGUACAUUACGAAUGCGUUUUGAUAACGGAAUGCGAACUUUAGAGCGUGAAAAGUUUGAGUACAUAGAAGAUCCCGUUGUAGUAUCCGUCGAAUCCGGCCCGCCUCUUAUGUCGCAACGCAAACAACCCAAAGGUAUUCCAUCCGGAGGAAUUAACAUCAAAGUCAUAGGUCGUAAUUUCCAUUCAAUACAGUUCCCACAAAUUUAUGUUUAUCACGAUAAUCGACCAUACAUUGCACCAUGUCACAGGCUUGACUUUCAAACUCAACUCAUUUGUGAAUCUCCUGGUAUAGAAAGUGCUGGAUUGAACUUGGACAUGGAUAGACCUUUAGAAUUGGAAUAUGGUUUUAACAUGGACGAUGUACUGAGUGUACAAAAUCUAACCUCCAAAACAGGUGAUGCAUUCUUGCUGUAUCCUGAUCCAUUUUACGAAAAAUUUGAUGAAGACGUCAAGUAUUAUAAGUCUGAAUAUUUAACUAUUAAUGGUCAAAACUUAGAUAGGGCUUGCACGGAGCAAGACGUGGAAGUGUAUAUAGGCAAAAGUUUGUGUAAUGUAACUUCUCUUUCGAGACACCAAUUGACUUGCCGGCCACCGUCUCGAGAUGAGUUGCCGGAUGGCGUGGACACACCCGAAGUGGUGGUCAAAGUCGGUCGUGCCCUCACGUUCAAGAUAGGAAAAUUAUCUUAUUCGUCACAGGCCGGCCUUCAGGCAGCUAUCGGCAAACCAGUUUUAUUCGGCGUUAUUGCCAGUAUAGUGAUACUCAUUUUAGUGUUUGUCGUUUUUCUAGUUAUGUAUAGGAGAAAAUCAACUGAAAAUAUUAGGGUAUUAAAGAAUAUGCAGGAGCAAAUGGAUAUUCUAGAGUUAAGAGUCGCUGCGGAAUGUAAGGAGGCGUUUGCAGAAUUGCAAACUGAAAUGACAGAUUUGACAGGAGACGUGACAGGCGGUAUUCCGUUCUUGGAUUAUCGUACAUACGCUAUGAAAAUAUUGUUCCCUAAUAUUGACGAUCAUGCCGUCCUGCAAUGGGAGCGUCCAGAGCUUAUGAGAAAAGAAAAAGGUCUCAGAAUGUUUGGGCAGCUUAUUAUGAAUAAAACAUUCCUUUUAUUAUUUAUUCGUACUUUAGAAAGCAACAGGUAUUUCUCUAUGCGCGAUCGUGUUAAUGUAGCUUCACUUAUAAUGGUUACUUUACAAAGUAAAAUGGAAUAUUGUACUGAUGUAUUAAAGACAUUGCUAGCAGAGCUUAUAGAAAAAUGUAUGGAGGGCAAGAGUCACCCCAAAUUGUUGUUGCGGCGUACUGAGAGCGUAGCCGAGAAAAUGUUGAGCGCAUGGUUUACUUUCUUACUGUACAAAUUCCUCCGCGAGUGCGCCGGCGAACCGCUUUAUCUUUUGUUUAGGUCGAUGAAAGGUCAGGUAGACAAAGGCCCGGUGGACGCAAUAAGCUCCGAAGCGCGAUACUCCCUCAGCGAAGAGAAACUCAUUAGGCAGUCGAUCGAUUUCAAACCAAUGACCGUUAGUGUAUCGAUAUCACAACAAACCAUUUUCGUUAGUGGUUUAGAGGCUACUACUGAGAACGUACACGUGAAAGUUCUCGACUGUGAUACGAUAAGUCAAGUGAAGGAAAAAUGUUUAGAUGCUAUUUAUCGCGCUACUCCAUAUUCCCAAAGACCGAGUCGUGACGACCUUGAUUUGGAAUGGCGCACUGGCGCUUGUGGUCGAUUAAUUUUAUAUGACGAAGAUAGUACCACUAAAUGCGAGGGCGAAUGGCGUAAGCUUAAUACUUUAAAUCACUACCGCGUACCAGACGGCGCUUGCCUCAGUCUUGUUGCGAAGCAAAGCUCGGUUUACAAUCUCUCCAAUAUGGAGAAAAACGAUAAAUCUCAUACUUACGAGACUCUCAAUCGCGGUAAAUACGGUUCCGCUAGUCCACCGGCGAGCCCCUUGAAGUACGAUCACGGAGGCGCUUUCAAGUAUUGGCAUCUCGUUAGGCAUCACGACGGAGACGCGCACAAAGAGGGAGAGCGUGGCAAUAAAAUGGUUUCGGAAAUAUAUCUUACGCGCCUUCUCGCCACCAAAGGCACGCUGCAAAAGUUUGUCGACGAUUUAUUCGAGACUAUUUUUAGCACGGCACACCGCGGAUCUGCGCUACCCCUAGCCAUAAAGUAUAUGUUCGAUUUCCUCGACGAUCAAGCGCUACAACAUACAAUCUCCGAUCCCGAGGUAGUUCACACUUGGAAGAGCAAUUCCCUUCCGCUGCGCUUCUGGGUUAAUCUGAUUAAGAAUCCCAACUUUGUAUUCGAUGUUCACAAGUCUAAUACGGUAGAUUCUUGCUUGUCUGUUAUCGCGCAAACGUUUAUGGACUCUUGCUCGACGUCCGACCACAUCCUCGGUAAAGAUUCGCCCUCGUCCAAGCUUCUUUACGCGAAAGAUAUCCCGGUGUACAAGGAAUGGGUAGAGCGUUAUUACGCGGAUAUAAAGUUGAUGCCGGCAAUAUCCGACCAGGACAUGAACGCGAUGUUGGCGGAGGAGUCGCGCCUCCACACGAAGGAGUUCAACACGAACUGCGCGCUGAAUGAGCUGUACGCGUACGCGGUCAAGUAUAACGAGCAGUUAAUGGUGACCCUCGAGGAGGACGAGUUCUCGCAGAAGCAGAGGCUCGCCUACCGCCUCGAGCAGGCGCACGGGCUCAUGACGCACGACUACAACGUGUGAUCGGCUUCUCGGGCCCGUGACACCGAACCCACCGCCCUGUAUAUAAAGCCCUCGCACAUAUCUCUGCCGGCAACUUUUGUAUAUAUUAGAUAGUGUACAGUCUUAAUAUUGUAAUUUUGUAUAAUUUCAGCGAUCCGAUUUUUUUUAAUUUUAUAUAAAUGAAUUUUGUAUUGAUUUUACACGACGAACUCGGCCGGCCGCGGUCGUGCCACAGUAUGCAUCGUAAACUAAAAUUGUGUAUGUCUGUCUAUGUGUGCUCGCGUCGUACGAGUUAAUGUUACGUCGAUCGGUGUAAAAUGUGUGUCGCAAAAGAAAACGCAUGUGAGCCCGUCGGCGAGCGACGUGUAUCGCUCGCCGGCGGGCGAUUUUUAAAUUUGUACUCGCAAUCUACUUAACGAAAUAACCGAAAGUGAACCGGUGAACAAUUCCAUUAAUAAAUAUCGUCGAAUGUA